GUAAACAGUUUGGUGAAAGGGGAAGCCAUUUUUCGUCAUUGACCUUUCUUCUAGUUUUAGAUUGGUUCAUAUUUGGUUACAUAUAUGGUUUUGCGGAAAGAAAACGGUUGGUUGUUUAUUCCCCCCAGAAAGGUGGACCACAGCUUAAUAUAGGCUACAGGUUGAACUGAGUCGGCGUCAGGUAUGGUGUGCAGUCACCCUGAUAUUAUUUUAUAGCUGAUAAGAAACAGUUGUGGUCCCGGGUGCUGUGAUUUGUACAAAAUGGAGGAGGAGGAAGAAGUGCUAAGAAUCCAAUGCAGAAAAUUGAUUUCUCGGGUCCGAAGCAAACAGGCCUCCGAAGAAGAGAGGGGGAGACACAAACACAAAGGCGCCAGAGGGAGCGAGAGGACAGAACCUGAAAGACUAGUGGCCGGGUUUACAGAUCAUCGUCGGUGUAACCUCUCUCUCCCAGACUGCGCACAACUGGAGAGAGACCAAACCUCCCGCAAUCUCGUGUGUCAAGGUCCUGGAGGCCAGCCCGUACCCCUUAAACUCAUUUCAAUGCUGAGGCUCAAAACUUUCAGGGAGGAGAUGAGACGGGCUGCAGAGGCGGAGCUCCACGAUCCAUCUGUCUGCAGUGCAUGUGAGCAGGAACAGGCUUCUCUGGCCUUGAGGAGUUUUAUCAGGAGGAAGAAGACACAACUGCAUUUCCAAACACUGAAGGGCAGACUAAACACACACUCGAGCUAUGGAGAGUGUGCAUGUUGGGGUAGUUUGUGCCAAAUCUCCCAAAGGCCUCCUUUGCCCCUCACUGGUUUUGGGAGGAACUACUUGGUGGACACGUGCAGGUCACAGCAACCUGGGGUUGCCUUAGCAACGACUAAAGAAGGUGGUGUUUCCCUGGCAACAGAUGAAAUGAGGGGUUACCCUGACAAAAACGCUACAGGAACUCAUUUAGUGAGCCCUCACUGUCCUUUUCCAGACAGAUAGCUGCAGACAUGACAGGCACAGGCUUAAUACAACGAAAGGGACAAUGCUGGAGUCAAACAUAUUCCUAAUUAUUUGUUUUGACACACAGGCAAAACCCACCGGUAUGCCCAAUAAAUACUGAUGUGCUGAUGUCCUCACACACCCUGCUCAGCUACAGCUGUGUUUAUGUUCACACCGCUAAAUAACAGAAACAAGUGUCUAGCCUUUUGUUUUCAGAAUUUUUUUUUUUUUAAAGGACAUGGUAACAAGGUUAGUACAAAACAGCCAUUUAUUUUCUUCUCACUAUUAAAGUAAAACACACAACACUA